CACCCAACUUUACCCAUCCAAUGCCAUUGCACAUCACAUAUUUUUCUCUACAUAACAAAAUGUUGGGAAAGAAGUUAGGCUCAUUUAAGAACCUAGCCAAGAAGGCUAAGGUUCGGCGUGACAUUAAGCGGUCACAGUCCGAACGGUUACUCAGGGGCAAUGAAGAAGAAACAAGUUUAUCGCCGUUUUGUUCUUCACCAUGUUCUAAAACACCAACCGGGUUUUUCACUGUUUACGUAGGUGAGGAAAGACGUAGGUUUGUUGUCCCCACGGGUUACUUGUCACACCCUCUUUUCAAGAUGUUGCUAGAGAAGUCGUCAGAAGAGUUCGGGUUCGGGCAGAAGAAUGGAUUGGUGGUUCCAUGUAGUGUCAAUGCUUUUCAAGAAGUGGUAAGUGCCGUGGAAUCUAGUAAUGGUAAAUGUGAUUUGAGUCAUUUGGUUGAAGAGUUUUUAUAGAGCAUUUAUGGAAGAGUAAAUAAAUGAUAUAGCGUACAUUGUGUAUUGUCACACUUGAUUUUGAUACAAAAUACAUAUAUUUAUCAAUCUUUUAGUUGUUUGUUUGGUU